UGAACAGGGAAAGAAGGCUUAGACGCACACUCGAAAGGAGCGCGUUCAGAGCACUGGGAAGACUCUGUUCAGUGCUGCUUCUGGUCCUUCUGGCCUGAUGCAGACGGCACAGCAGCAACAGCAACCGUUGGCGGUGGCGGGCGCGGUCGACUCCCCUCCAGACCCACCAUCGUCGCAUGGCUCUGCCGCAGGGGCGAGUCGGGCCCCCUUCUCCCCUUCGACGCUCCAGGGCCGGGAUAUCACAUACUUGAUGCCGCCGAGUCCAGCGGCCGGGGGGCGGAACGGGUUGGACUAUCGUCCUAGCAUCAAGAGGGCGCAGGGGCAGGUUCCUGCGUGUCUGGUGAACGCCUCGGUGACGUACUGCGGCGACGAUCAGAUCUACGCUUUUGGCGGCUUUGAUCAGUAUACGGAUGAAGUGUACAACCAUGUUCUUCGGUUAGAUCUGAAAUCGCUCCGUUGGGAGCUGGUGGACAAUUUCGGGGCGAUUCCCGGUGUUCGCAUGGGUCAUACGGCGACGUUCUACGAAGGGAAUAAAUUGAUUGUUUUUGGCGGGGAAAAUGAACACCGGGAGAACUUGUCGGAUGUCGUGAUUCUCGAUAUCAAAACCUCCACAUGGACCCAGCCCGAGGUUCGAGGACCGGUGCCGCAGAAGAGGGCACGCCAUGCAGCUGUGAUCUACCAGGAUAAACUUUUUAUCAUCGGCGGAGUGACUGGCGAAAACAACGUUAUUCUAGACGACCUCUCGUAUCUAGACCUGAAAACAUGGACCUGGUCCAGAACAUGGAGCUUCGCGGCACGGUACGACCACACAGCAUGGGUUUGGAGAGACCGUCUCUGGAUCUUUGGCGGACUCGGCCCCGACAUGGAACGGACCACAGAUCUCUGGUGGUUAGAUCUCAAGGGCUCCCCGUCUCUAGGAAUCAACUCGUCUCAAGGUACCGUGGAUUCCCCCUCGCCGCGCAAUCGGAUGACUUAUAGGCUAGGCGCUGCGGCCAGUCCAUCACAGCAGAGCCCCAGUCGAUCGGGUGGCUACACGGCAAAUUCGGCGAGUGUACAGGUCCGCACGUUCUCUCGACGCCGACCGACGGCGCCUGGUGCCAUCUCCUGUGUGAGCUUUCAGUCCGGACCUCAGAUGCCGACAUUGCUAUCGGGUACUCGCUUCCAAGCCUACGCGUCGGGCGCUCUCCUGGAUCUCAUCACCCCAUCAGAGACGGCACGGCCGUACCAGUGUAAUCUUUCCUCCCUGGACCUUGAUACCCUCCGCUGGCAGAGGUUAGCGGAUGGCCCGGAGAUUUUCAGUCUUGGGUAUCGAUGGCACUACUGCACCAUCAAUACAAGUGGUACGAAAGCGUGGUUGCUAGGAUGCAAUCUUAAUGCUGCUGGUAAUACCCCGGGUUUCAGUGAUGAGAACCACAUGAGCGAGAUUCUGUGUAUCGAUCUGGAGAAAUACGGACUCCUGGGCAAUGAACUGUCAGCGACUGUGCUGGACCAGUCCAGCAGUCAGGCCACUAAUCAACCAGGCUCGCCCCUGGUGUCCGGUCUAGGUGCAGACUUAUUGGCGGUCUUUGACCAGCCUCCGGAAUCCGGUAGCGGUACAGAUUUUAUCAUCACCGCUGACCCGAUCGACCCUGAUGAUCUAGAUUCUACGGAAGAUGGUUCUUCAACCCCGCGAUCUCAGCCCGAAUUCCUCUCCCCCAACGCAGUGACCUCGCCGCCCAUCCACGUUCAUCGAAUCAUUCUGCAGCUGAGAUGGCCGCACUUCAAGCGGCUUUAUUCGGCGCAGAUGGCCGAGUACCACGCGAAGCGGAUGCAUAUUCCGGAACCCUACUCGGUCGUCCGCGCGUUUCUCUACUACUUGUACACCGAUAGCAUUUCCGGCCACCCUGAAUACUGUUCCGCCACCACCGACGUGGCGGGCAUGCUCGUUAUGGCCAACCUCUACGACAUGCCUCGGUUACGUCUGCUGUGUGUUCACCGGCUAAGCCGCGAACUCGACGUGGAAAACGCUGCCAUCAUCUGGGAACGAGCGUCGCGGACCAAUGAAGAAUGGCUGAUGCGCCGCGCUGCGCAGUUCUGCCUCGCACACUGGGGGCGCAUCGUGCGGACUGACGGCUUCAAGUCCCUUGCUCGUCAAAGCCUGAUCGAGCUGUGUGAGGUAGUCGACACAGAUGGGCGUAUCGUCGCCGGCCCCGAGCUAGAGAUUAUGGCCGCGUUGGGCUCGGAUGGGCUAGGCCUACAUGCCGGUUCUAAACGGUCCCGUCUGGCUCUUGCGGGGAUUGUCGGCGAUGACCUUGAUGAAGUGGAUGACGAGGAGAUCGAAGGAAUGGACGUUUCAUGAGAUGUCGUAUAUCAUCAUUGCAUUUUACGGUGUUCCUCCCCUCUUAUAUCUGUAUCGACGGAGGGUUACUGAACAUAUCCCCUCGGCGGUGGUAGUGCUUACAGCAAAUAUCUUCGCAUCGUGACAGAGUAUACCUUGUAUAAAUGGUCUCCAAAUGUUGUAUUGUUCAAUGAUAUCGGCGGGCGGCCCGCAUACCCGACGACUUUUCCCCCCUCACCCCCACACUCAGUGAUCCAGGGUCCUGGAGCCUCUCCACCAGAUGGAGUCGCUAAGACGGGUAAUUGUGGUUUGGGAAGAAAUAGCAUGAUGCAAUGGGUCUGGUGCUACUCGGAAAAUACGGUCCUCAGCCAGUUGCAAACUGUCGCUCGUUGAUUAUUAUGGCUGAUGGGGUGACUUGCAGCUCACCCCUCAUCGCCAUGAUAUUUAUUUAGUUGCCCAUGUAGCACCACCCUAGAGCCCCUCAGUUCAUUUCCCU